AUGCCCCUUCUAUCCUCGCCUCUGAUCUUUAUGAUCGUGCCAGUGCCAUUGCUCGUGUUUUGGGCUGCCUAUCACGAUGAGACGUGGUUUCCUGCAAUAAGAAACGUUGCAGCAGCUAAAGAAGGGGAGGCACGAAAGGCGUAUAUAGAGCAAGCAAGGGAAGGGCUGGUGCUGUUGGAGGAUGCAUUUCGCAAGUGUAGCAAAAGGAAGGGUUUCUUCGGAGGAGAUUAA